AGCUUGAAGCACGGAAUUCAAAAGUGUUUCCGCAAUCAACAAACACGGUUUAAAAUAAUAUCUAAGUAAAAUAACGAUGCCUCCUUUACCAAAAGCCAAACAGGAAAAUCAGCACAUACAAGUUGCCGUUCGUCUCAGACCUAUUAACAGUUCAGAGAGAAAACAAGGGUCCUACUCUGUUGCUGAUGCUAACAGUUUGAGGAAAGAAGUCACAGUGAAAGAGAGGCUUGGAGUUAAUCCAACAACCAAGACAUUUUCAUUUGAUCAUGUCUUUAAUCAGGACUCGAAACAACAAGAUGUAUAUAAGACAGUUGUCAGCCCAAUCAUUUCGGAGGUCCUCAGUGGCUAUAACUGUACUAUUUUUGCAUAUGGUCAGACAGGUACAGGCAAGACUUUCACUAUGGAGGGAGAGAGGUCUGACGAUCCUGACUUGACUUGGGAACAAGAUCCACUUACAGGAAUAAUUCCUAGAAGUUUAGCCAAUAUAUUUGACUCUCUUCAGUCACAGGAAUGCGAGUUCUCGGUCCGUGUCUCUUUCUUAGAGUUGUAUAAUGAAGAGUUGUUCGAUCUACUCGGCUCAUCAAUUGAUCCUUUACGUCUUAAAAUCUACGAGGACUCCAGCAGAAAGGGAUCAGUCAUUAUUCAAGGUCUAGAAGAGAUAGUGGUAAAGAGUAAGGAUGAAGUUUACGAGAUUCUGGAGCGUGGAGCAUCAAAAAGACAGACUGCUGCAACAUUAAUGAACGCUUUCUCAAGUCGUUCUCACUCAGUAUUCACAGUCACCAUUCAUACCAAAGAGAACACAAUUGAUGGGGAGGAGCUGCUCAAAACAGGAAAACUUCAUCUGGUGGAUUUAGCUGGGAGUGAGAAUAUUGGACGUUCAGGUGCUGUAGAUAAGCGGGCCAGAGAGGCAGGAAACAUCAACCAGAGUCUGCUCACACUGGGUCGCGUCAUAACCGCCCUUGUUGAACAUGCUCCCCAUAUACCAUACAGGGAGAGUAAACUGACGAGAAUAUUACAGGAUUCGCUUGGUGGUCGUACAAAAACCUCCAUCAUUGCUACCAUAUCUCCAGCGUCCAUCAAUCUUGAGGAGACUCUGAGUACCCUUGAUUAUGCUCACAGGGCCAAGGAUAUCACAAAUAGACCAGAAGUUAAUCAGAAAUUAACCAAGAAAGCUCUUAUAAAGGAGUACAAUGAUGAAAUAGACAAAUUGAGGCGAGACCUACAGGCCAGUAGAGAAAAAAAUGGAAUUUAUAUUGCAGAAGAAAACUACAAUAACAUGCAGAUGAAGAUAACUGUACAAGAUGAUCAAAUAGCUGAACUCAGUGAUAGAAUAGAAGCCAUUACUACAGAGCUAUCAAAAGUGCAAGAUUUGUUCAGCGAGACACAAGAAGAGUUACAAGUGACCACAGACAAACUGACGUUGACAAAGGAGAAAUUGGUGAAAACCAAAACCAAUCUGCGAGAAACCAAGGUGACUUUAAGACAGACAGAACAGGAUAGAAAUGAACAGAAAUUCCUAGUCUCAGAACACCUGAAGAAUGAGAAUGAACUAUAUGAAAAUGCCCUGUCUUUGUUAAAUACAGCAGAGGUGUCGACAUCAGAUGUUUCAGGUUUACAUGAGAAGUUAGAUCGUAUGAAAUCUGUGGAGCAACAAAACAAAGAGACGGUAAAGUUGUUUGAGGAGAGUUUUAAUGAAAAUGUAAGUCACAUAGAGGAAGAUGCUCAGUCAUAUAAAACACAGCAACAAGAUUCACAUCAAACCUGCCUCGCUAAUAUUGCAAAGAAAGUGGAAAGAAGCAAGGAGUUUACAGAUAAUGCUACAACGUUUCUGAGGGAGUUUCAGACUUUAGUAUUGGAUCAGUUGAAUGUAUUAUCACAGCAUCAUAAACAACAGGCAGAAGAGAACACUUCCUGGGUGAAAAAUGUCAACAGUGCAGCAUCUUCCUUGCAGGAUGAGACAUUGAAGAAGAUAGAAGAGACAAAAUCUAUUGUAGAGACAGGAAUCAGCAGCUUGUUACAACAGAUGGCAAAUAUAAGUUCUUCAAUGCCAGAAAUGAAACAGCUACUUGACCAACAGAGAGCGGAGCAAAAUACCAUUUUAGGAACCGUGUCUGACGAGUGCUCCGAUGGUCUCAAAGAUUUAGGUGAUACGUGUGAAAGUUACGUAGCAGAACAGAAAGUCAGCGUAGAUGAAUUACAGAGUGAAGUAACAAGUCUGAAGGAUGACUGCUGCUCUAAACAUCAGGAAAUGGAGACAAUUGCAGCCAGAUUGAUUGAACUGAUGGGAGAGAGUAAACAAAUAUGUCUACAAAUGGAAAAUUGUACUGCAAAGAAGACAGCAGACAUUAAAACAAUGGCGGAAUCAAUGAACAACACCACCAGUGUGAAGAGAGAACAGAUUCUUACCAACAACGAAAGAAAUCUGAAAGAAUUUUACAGUGUUAGAGAUAACCAUCACAAUAUUUUACAGGGAGAAAUGAACAAUGUAGAGGAGGUAUCACAGAGAAUGCAGGAACAAUGUGGCCAUCUUAAACAGUCAUUUAUGUCCUGUACAUCAGAUAGUACUGAGAUAGUUGGCAGGUACAGUGAGAAAACAUCUGCCAGUACAACACAACAUAUUACAGAUAUCAACACAGGGCUCAAUACUCACUACAAACAUACUGAUGAUUUACAAUCAGUGUGUCAGUCACAGUGGGACAGACUGGUAGACUCGGUAGACAAAAACAGUGCCUGUGUUGCCAAUGAGGUAGAAACUGAGAGGUCAUCCACAGAGGAAAGGUUAAGUGCCACAUCAAGUUACAUAGAGAAACAGCUCAAUAGAUUGCAGGAACAUAAACAGAAAAUGGAACGCUAUAUUAAAGAGGAGAUGAGUGAAUGUGUGCCAACAGGAGCUACACCACAACGCCAGCAGUUUGUGAUCAAACGUAACUUAAAGAGAACCAGCGAACAUUUUACAUUGCUAGAUAGAUUCAGGUGUGAUAACAUGAUUGAUAUAGAAGAAGAGCUCGACUCUGACAUAGAAUUGGACUCACAAAAUCAGGUAAAGAUAGUAAUAGACAAGACAGAGGAUGGUAAUGUGAUACCUGAUGACAAAAGUGACGGAAUAAAUGACGACAAAAGUGACAGAAUAAAUGAUGACAAAAGUGAUGCCGGCAGCGUGAAAUCUUCAACAUCUGGAGUGUCAGGAUUGUCAAGUGUCAGCGCCGCAAGCAAGGUAUCCGAAUAUAAGGAGAAUGACAGGCAAGGACGCCCUCUAGGAUGUAAAAAGUCCAAAAAGAACUUUAAUAAUGUGACCCCACGAGGUAGAACACGUUUGCCUCUCAGACAAAACAACUCAACAGACAAUUAAUUUCACAAAAACAAUAGCGUUGUUAGGAUUUUGGUUAAUAGCAUCAUAUAGUUCAUUGUCAAGAAUCCUCUAGGAUUAUCCGUUCUUAAAAACUCGUUAUUGAGCCUUAAAGUUUUUACUCAUGAAAGUUUUUACACAAGAAAUUAAUGUCAUUGCUGAAAUGAGAUGAAACGUCAGUCUUAUAAUGUGGUAUUCAGGUAAUGUGUCAUUAUCAAUGAUGAACAAUGAAUGUAACUAAAUGAUUGUUAUACAAGGAUACCGCCUCCGUGGUCGAGGUGUUAGAGUCGAUGACUUCUAAUCUAGUUACCUCUCUGGCGUGGGUUCGAUCCCCGGGAGAUGCUUUGGUAGUUUAGCGCGGAGGAAGGUAGUCUAGUACUGGUGUAACUCUCCAGGAACGAUGGUUAGGAAACUACCCACCUAUAUGACUGAAAUACUGUUGGAAAAAGGCGUAAAAUGAAACAAACAAACAAACAAACAAAAGUUAUACAAGGAUGAAUGUAUGUUUGUUACAUUAAUUGUGUUCAUAUUAAGUGCUGUGUGAAUAAUUGGAUUUGUUUUAUAACAUCUUUGUAUGAGGGUGAGAGAAACCAAGGUUGCAAAUGUUGGGGGCGGAUGUGGGUUUGGGGCCUUAAACAUAAUUUUUUAAAGGAAUUUUGUCUACAUUUUGUGUACAUGGAAAAUGUUAAUGAUUUUUGCUCCAUAAAUAAUUUUGUUUUUUUAUUCUCUUGUAUAUAACUAAUUUAAGUUGUAUUUUUGUCCCUUUUUAAACAAUCUUUUAAAUGCUAGUAAAGGCAAUGACUUAUAUCUUUGCCACCAGUUAAGAUCCGUGCCGACUUUUCAGGCUUAAUACACUUUCCUGUUUAAACUUGGCUUUAUUAUACAGAAAUCCCUUUUCUGAACAAUGGAUAGUUUUGAUUCAGGGCAUUGAUAUAAAUUAAGGUAGGGUAAAGUAAAUAUUUGUUGAUGUCUUUGACAGAGCACUUUCUCAUACCGGUGCAGGCUGUGCAAAUCAUUAAAAAUGAUACUGCAAGGCAUUUUAUACAAAAUAAAUAAUGCACUUAAUGUUUACAUUACAUUAUGAGUGUGUCAAUAUAGAAAGUAGCUUCUUGUAGCUUCAUUACUAAAUUUAUCAAACUCAUUGCAUAAAAUUUUAUUAUACUCACCAGAGGCUCAAAUGAUCUUGUUCAAAAAUUUCAGUUAUGAUUGUAUACUUGUUCAAUACUCUCUAUAAUUAUAUUGCUGUAAUUUUUAGUGGUAUAUUAUUUUAAUAAUAAUUGAUGAAUAAAAACUGUAGACUUCAUUGUAACAAGAAAAUAUUAUUGUUUGUGUAUGCUAAAGUAUAUGGUAUAAUAAAAUUUACUGUAGGUAUAAAUCAGUGCAAUCUAUGUAAAAAGUAAAGUAAUUUUUAAUAUAACAAUUGCUGUAAAAUUGUUAACAACUUUACAAAUUUUCUUAUUUCUCUUUUUUAUUUUGCCUUUGUCUUACAGAGGAGAUUAGACGCGAUAUUCAAAUAAAGCCUUGUGCAAAAUUGUUGAAACCAUUCAGUGUGACUGAUUGAAAAUCUGUGUUUGAUAAUUUUUUUAGAUAAUAGAUAAUUAUAUUUCAUUGUUUCCUCCCUGUCUUUUUAUAUGUAUUUCUUUAUACUUAAUACUGUUGUUUCUUGUAUACAUUCUUCUGUGUAUGUGUCCCUGUCUUUUAACCGUUUCAUAUAAAUAUUAUAUUAUUUGUCAGUCACUAUUUGUCUUUGUUUGCCUCACAUAGGAAAUGAAUGCAUAAUAUAUGA